AUGCCUAAGUUGGCAACUCAAAGAUUAAAUCUUGGAGCAAUGACCCUUCCUGUGGACAGUUUCAGGCCAAGUAAUUUUGAGAGAGCUGUAGAUUCGGACUAUGAUCUAGAGGUUGGAACAUCGAAGAAGGAAGAUCUAUUGGAGGGAAAGCUGGUGCUGAUGAUUGAAACUGAGGUUGAUGAGACUACAAGAAUCGGUGGUUGGGUUGAGAUGAAGCAUGCAAAUAACAGACAUUUGCAGUGGGCUGUUACCAUGUCUGACAUUCCUGAAGAUGUAUAUUAG